CAUCCGGUAUUUUUACAGGGAGAACUGUUCCUCACCACAGUCGGUGCUGGACUCAUGUGGAUGUUUGUGGAACUGCAAGUCCCAGCAGCAUCAGAGACGAGGAUCCUCUCAGUCCGGGGAACAUGGCAGCUCCGUCCACAGACGCAUGCGGGCUCAUGGAGCGCUCGGUCCGGGAGCGGGUCCCGCCUCUGCUCACCGACCUGUACCAGUUCACCAUGGCCUACGCGUACUGGCGGGCCGGCCGGCACCAGGAGCCCGCCGUGUUCGAGAUGUUCUUCAGGGACAACCCGUUCGGCGGCGGCUUCUCGCUGUUCGCUGGGCUGAAUGACUGCCUGCUGUUCCUGCGGAGCUUUCGCCUCACAGAUCAAGAUGUGCAGUUCCUGCGCUCCGUCCUGCCUCCCAACACCGACCCUGCCUUUUUCGACUUCCUGCGAGGCCUCGACUGUUCGGCCGUGACGAUACGCUCCCUCCCGGAGGGUUCUGUGGUGUUCGCCAGGGUGCCUCUAAUGGAGGUGGAGGGUCCGCUAGCUGUGGUUCAGCUGCUGGAGACCAGUUUACUGUGUCUGGUCAAUUACGCGAGUCUGGUCUGCAGUAACGCAGCUCGUUUCCGCCUGGCGGCCGGACACCAGAGGAGGCUGCUGGAGAUGGGCCUCCGACGGGCACAGGGGCCAGACGGAGGGCUGACCGCCUCGCGAUACACACAUAUCGGAGGGUUUGAUCUCACCAGUAACGUUCAGGCUGGUUUUCUGUUUGGGAUUCCUGUUGCGGGGACAAUAGCACACUCUUACGUCACUUCCUUCAACUCCUUGGAGGAGGUUUGGCCACAGACACUGGUGACAGCAAACGGAGACCCCAAUCCAGUCGACAUCAUUUCUCUGACUAAAGGCUGGUUGAGGAGAGUCUGUGAGCUGAUGGGAGCGGAGCCUGGGAAAAUCCGUGAGGGCGAGCUGGCAGCUUUCGUCUCCUAUGCCAUCGCCUACCCUCAGAACUUCCUGCCUGUGAUUGACAGCUACAGCGUGGGAUGUAGUGGACUGUUGAACUUCUGCGCCGUGGCUUUGGCGUUGUGCGAACUGGGUUACAAGCCUGUGGGGGUCCGCCUGGACAGCGGAGACCUCUGCAGGCAGUCUAUUGAAGUCCGUCGGGUGUUUCGACUCUGCAGCGAGCAGUUCUCCGUAUCAACAUUUAACUCUCUGAUCAUCGUAGGGACCAACAACAUCUCAGAGGAAAGCAUGGCUGAACUCAACAAGAAGGAGAAUGAGAUCAAUGUGAUUGGCGUCGGAACGCAUCUGGUGACCUGCACCAAGCAGCCGUCUCUGGGCUGCGUCUAUAAGCUGGUGGAGGUGAGAGGAAGACCAAGGAUGAAGAUCAGCGAGGACCCACAGAAAAGCACUGUUGCAGGGAGGAAAACCGUCUAUCGACUGUUGGAUGCUGAUGGUCAUUGCUUCCUGGACUUAUUGUGUCUGAUGGUCGAACCUCCUCCUAAGGCUGGGUGUACAUUGACCUGUUAUCCUCUAGGAGGCGAUAACUCAUCUGUUUCAGUCACUCCAGCUCAGGUGACCUGUCUGCGAAAGGAAGUCUUCCUAGAAGGGCAGGUCACAGAGCCUCUGUGCAGUGCUGCAGAAACUAGAGCAAAGGUCCAGAGCUCCCUGCAGACCCUGCACCCUCGACAUAAGAGGCUGCAGGAGCCUGACUCUUACACAGUGGCGCUCUCAGAGAAACUCCGCAACUUGGUUACAGAGCUCCAAAAAGACAGCAACAGCGACAGCAACUUUCUGUUAGCCAACUAAGAAUGUUUUUGUUUGUUUCCAAAGUGCCUCGCAGUCAAAUGUGCACAAGCUGAAGUUGACUUCGGUCUCUAGCACUGGUUAUCUCAAGCUCAAUGAACAGAGUAGGAAAGGGGGUGGGGGUGAGGGCAGGGUCACAACUACAUAUUAUUCAGGUGGAUGCGAAAACAUAAAUCGGCGCCCCCCCAUACCCCUCCAGGAAGGUACGUCUAGGUGAAGGAGCGUAAAAAACAUACGUUAGCUCUGCCCCCCUCCCCCUCCUUGAGACGAAGACACGUGAAAGGUAAAACUAGCUACAUUUACCCCGUUAUGUGCGCGAGGUGAAGGAGCGUGAGGGCGCGCUGAAAUGUAUGCGAAGACAUCAUCGGCACGCUGCCCUCUCCAGACGGGGAUUUGACCCCCCCCCGGUGCAGCGCCCCUAUGCGUUGCAUGCGCUGCAUACCCACUUUUUGCACCACUGGGUGAGGGGGGGUCAGGGCUUGUGGGUAUAAACAAAUCACUUCAGUAAAUGUUACUCAACAUAGGUUUUUUCUAGCUGUUGGAAUGUUUUAUAAAAAUCUGGUAAUUGCAAAGUGGGCGGUGUAACUUGGGUUAUGCUCAUAUUGCAGGAUUUAAUGUUCACAUGUUUUUGGUGGGAGCGUUGUUUUGAUUAUUAAAGCCGGACCACCUGACUUUCACUCUAGUAUAAAACGUUUGUGGUCCUGAAUUGAUCUGCAUGGGCCCAAGACAUGACGUUACAUGUAACACGCUGUGUUUGUAAAAGGAAAUAUAGGUCAUCAUGAGUGUAAAUACUCUGGAGCAUUUCUGCAAUCCGAGCUGAUAAAAUCCAUGACUUUCUGCUGUAAUGUUUCUAAAUACUUUGACAGGAUCGUGUAAACUAAAUGGAGCAUCUGUCACAUCUACCAGUCUUGUUUGGCUCGUUGUUUAAUUUUGUUCGUGUCACUUCCCACCUGCUCCGGUGCAAAAUCUGGGAACCUGUUAAUUUAAAGAAGAUCAAGCAGGCGGCUUAGGAGCACAUAUGAAAUUAGCCUGAGUCUAAUUUAAAGACUUAUAGCCUUAAGUGUGUUCGUGGCCUUGGGUAAAGUCAUAUUCCAUAAGUCUGAAUAUUAUUGAAAACUAUUUUUUUUAAGUAAAUACACAAGGUUAAGAAAGAAAAAAAAACAUUAAAUAAACGUUUGGUUUUUUUUCAAGUCCUUAUAUUUUUGUCAAUUAUGACGACUUUUCUACGUACUGCUAAUGAAAGCACAGCAUUUAAGAUUAUAAUAUUACAUAACAAAGUUAAUAUUGGAUAUUAGUACCUGUCCAACACCAUUUUUUCUUCAAAUUCUUAUGUAAACAUAGAAGUUUCUUUUCAAGUGAAAGUAAAGUAGUGCUUGCAGCUUUAGAAAUGGAAGAGAAAAUAUUUCCUUCCCAAAUGUAAAAGCUGAUAAUUUAUAGAAAAGAAGGU